GGUAUAUAUAACGAGGUAUAGUGAAGGUGCAAGGAGUUCUGCAGUCAUUCUAUCCAAAUUAGCCGGUGCAAGUGCAUAACGCUUCCGCUUGAGAAAAGAUGUGGAUUCCUUCGUUGUGUAUAGUAUUCGUGGCUUGUGUGCAUUCAAUUUCUUGCAAAUGUAUCUAUGAACACUAUAGUCUGGACUUUCCGCCCGUUUUUACCCAGAGAUUUGAGGAACAGGAUAUCAUUCUGAAGCCACUUAGUCAAAAGCUUUAUAUUUCUGAAGGAAAAUCCCUGAAAGCCUAUUGUGACAGUAACUUUAGUGUUCCUAUCUUCGACGAGUCCGAAUCGGAAGGUAUAGCAAGCGUAGAUAUAAAAUGUUCGAAAGGGGUCUUAUCUUAUGAAGAUGACGACGAAGACAAAUCGGUGAAAGUAGAAACCAGGGAAAAGUUAUCUUGCUAUGGUAGCCAACCAGAGCUAUAUGCAGGAUAUAGUUGCGGAGGAAGUGCGAAAUCGUUGUUAUAUGGGUUGACAGUGCAACGGAAACAAGUGGUUUUAUCGACAUUUUGCUAUAAUUUCAACACCAUGGACGUUAUGUACAUCAGCUAUACAAGCUCAGACAGUUCGGUACUCCAGGACACGAGAUCUCGCAAUGCAGAUUUAUCCCCCGAACGGAAAGUCGCCGUGAAUUUCAUCGAAUCAAAUGAAUUUAGAACUAAGGAACUCAAUUCGCACUUCCUGCUGAAAUUGGACUCUUUGGAAAAGCUUGAUUUAUUCCGAUUUGAUUAUUUGGUACCCAUAGAGCGUCUAACAAAAAGCUAUCCUUACCAAUUGGAUUUGCUCGAAGGACCUAACUCGAUCCCGUGGUGGAUCAAUUUAAAAGAAGGCAACUGGAAGCGAUUUGAAAAACUGCUGGCAAGCCAACUAAUCACGGGAGACUAUGAUGUUCACACAGGGAUCGCCUACAAUCACGAGAUACAAGAAGAAAUAAGGAGACGUGAAUAUCAACCUCCGAGAUCAACUUCUCCACCAGCAAAUCCUUAUUAUGAACCAAGAAAUGCCUCCAGACGAACCUAUGAGCAACCUUAUGUGUAUGAUAGGGAAAGGCAAACGUGGAUAAAAAUCCCAGCAAAACGUUCAAUUCCCAAUGAUAUUGCGUAUGGGGAUGACAUCAAGUACAUGUCUGGGUCAAUCGUGAAAACCAUUCCGCUGUUCGUAUGGACCUACGUAAAACCAAUGAGUGAUAGUGAAGGAGUGGUCAUCAUAGCAGUUAAUUCUCCUUUUAUUGAGGCUUCGGCGUACCAAAGAUUAGAAUUUUGCAAAGGACGAUUUCCUGAUUGGUUGCGAGAUCUAGAAGACAGUGCAAGGAUACCGUCUUUGGGAUAUAUGUUUGCUUGUUCGUCAGAGCAAGUUAGACCACUCAUUCGCGUUUUCCCCCAAUAAAAGUGUUCAUAAUGAUAUCAAUGUGUAAAAGCACAAUUUUCAAUGAAUUUGUUUGUCGUUUUGUGUAAAUAAAAAAUAAGAUCAAUUUA